AUGACUGAUUCACUCAUACUAGUUGCUAUUCAACUAAUAUGUAUUAUAGUUCCUUUUAUCAUUAUCAUUGGAAUCAUAGGUAAUUCAAUCAAUAUUAUCGUACUUACGCGAUCAGCUUUGUACAAUCAUUCAUGUUCACGUUAUUUUCUUGCACUUGCUGGUAAUAAUCUUUUCUUAUCAAGUGCAUUUCUUAUUAAUCGUCUUCUUAUUACUGGUUAUCAAUUAGAUUUAACUAAAAUUUCACUUCUAUCAUGUAAAUUUAUUCAAUAUGUUACUGGUGUAUGUGUAGUUAUAUCACCUUAUUUUAUUGUUUUGGCAUCUAUUGAUCGAUAUUGUGCAAGUUCAAAAAAUAUUCAACGACGAAAAUUUAGUAAUAUACGUAUAACACGAUGGGCAUUAAUAUUUGUUGUUAUAUUAAUAGGACUUUAUUAUAUUAAUUAUCUUGUAUUAAUUGAUCUUCGAAAAGAUGAUUCUUUUGGAUGUGCUAUACGAGGUGAUACAAUUUAUAAACAAAUUUAUCCAAUAACACAAGUUAUGGUUUUUGCUAUUAUUCCACCAUGUCUUAUGGGAUUUUUUGGUGGAAUGACUAUAUAUAAUAUGAAACAUAUACGUUUUCUUCCGAGAGUAGCUGUACGUUAUCGUCGAACUGAAAAUCAACUUGGUCGAAUGCUUAUUCUUCAAGUUGGUACUUAUAUUGUAUUAACACUUCCUUUAUCUAUUGCAUAUUUAAUAUUAGUUUUACCAAAUUCAUUUAAAACAACAACAAAAUUUCAAUUUAUGUAUUUAAUAUGUCAACUUUUCUUUUAUUUAUCAUGUGUUACAGCAUUUAUUUUAUAUUUUUUUUCAGCUGAUAUAUAUCGACAUGAAUGUAUUCGAUUGAUAUGUCGAAUGGGUCAAAUUUAUCGUGAAACUCGUCUAAAUUUAUCAAGAAAUCCGAAUAGUAUUCUACCAAUGAAUACUACUUCGAAUAAUACACGAGCAGCUAUAGCAGUUAAUUCGAAAAGAUAUUAA